GAGCAGAGUAGAUUAAAGGUGUGUCGAUGGCAUAUUAUGGCAGAAGAAGAAACGAGUCGAUCUUCGAUUCAUUCAGUCUGAGUCCUCUGCCAUAUCCAGUUCUGUUAAUCCUUGCAGUGACGUCAAUCUUUCUCUGCACAUCAUGGUACUUUAACUAUGAAGAAGCUGUGGAAGCUGCCGAAGAACAAGCCAACUGGCUUCUUUUUGCCACACCAGUGGUGAUAAUACUCAUAGUUCGUUGGCUGUCGUCUAUGGAGAAUCCGGUCAUGUUCUUUAACAGAUCACCUUGGGAUCGUCGCCGGCAAACCCAUCACCGGCCGGAGGAAGGGAGCUCGCCUUGGGCUGUGGCGGGUUUUAUUGUCUUGCUGCUAAUUCUGGUGCAGUAUCAGUCUGUUUUUCUGGAUAGCUGGUUUGUCUGAUAAUUAUAUAUAGAGAUAAACUAAUUUUAACCCCAUUGCUGGAAAUCUUCUUCUAAGUUUCCUUUUUUUUGGGAGUGAGAUCUUUUUUUUUUGUGAUUUUUAUGUUGUUUAAGGAACUGGGUUUUGUGCAUAUUGAAAACCAGGGCGUAUACACAAUAUAUAUAAUAUAUAUCCGAUUAGAAUAUGGUUUGAUUCA